UGGGUUCAACGCUGUUCAAAAAGUGUUGGUUAGGUAACUCCAAAUUCCUUCUUCUUCAUUCGUAAUUCCCAAUAUUUUACUUAAACCCUAACGAUUCACCAUCAAUUUCUCACAAAUCUGCACACACAUUCAAUCAUAAUCCAUCCACAACACUUAACAACCCUUCAAUCAAUCAAUAAUUCAUCAAUUAAUCGAUCAAUCGAUCAGUUUCAGUCAAUUUUGACCUAACAAUGGCGGACGGAGACGAUAACGACGCCGUAUUGAGCGAUGUAGAAGAAGACGACAAUCCUCCGGCACCGAUCGUCACCGGACCGAUCAGUUCAAUCAGAACUCGAUCGUCAACAGAUGACGUAUCGAAUAAUAUAUCGAAUAAUGUAUCGAUCGAGAGGUUUCGAGAACUGCUAACGGAGCUAGAUCGGGAACGGCAAGCUCGUGAGGCAAUUGAGAAAUCAAAAUCUGAACUGCAGGUUUCAUUCAACCGGUUGAAGGUGUUGGCACAUGAAGCGAUCAAAAAGCGAGACGAGGUUGUUAGAUCGAACGAGAAGUUAUCGGUCGAAUUAGCGGAAACUGUGAAGGAGAAGGAGGAGUUGAUGAAACAGAAAGAGGAGGUUGUUAAGGAGUUGGAGGAAUCUGUUAAGGCUAAGGAAGGUGUUAAAUCGGAGAUCGGGACCGCUGCGCAGAUGUUAGUGACCGGAAUCGAUAAAAUAUCCGGUAAGGUUAAUCGGUUUAAGAAUUUUACUGCUGGUGGAUUGCCUAGGUCUCAGAAGUAUACCGGAUUGCCUGCUGUGGCUUACGGAGUGAUUAAACGGACUAACGAGAUUGUCGAGGAGCUUGUUCGACAGAUUGAGUUAGUAACCAAGGGUAGGAAUGAGGCUCGGGAGCAAAUGGAACAGAGGAGUUAUGAAAUCGCGAUUGAGGUGUCGGAGCUUGAAGCGACGAUCAGUGGGCUUAGAGAUGAGGUGGCGAAGAAGACGUCGGUUGUUGAGCGUUUGGAGAACUUGAAUGAGGAGAAAGAUGAGAUGAUGGGAGAGCUGGAAACCGAGUUGAAGGAGAAGCAGGAUUUGGUUAGUGAGUAUGGUGAUAAGUUGAGGGUUUUGGAGGAACGAAUGGAUUCGCAAAGGCCGUUGUUGGUUGAUCAGUUGAGUCAUGUUUCGAAGAUACAUGACCGGAUUUGUGAGGUUGUUAAGGUGAUUGACGGUGAUAAGAAAGCGGAUUUAUCGGAUUCGUUGUUUCUUCCACAAGAAACGGAUUUAGAGGAGAACAUGCGGGCUUCGUUAGCUGGGUUGGAGACCAUAAAUGAAUUGAGUUCGAUGGCGUUGGAGAAAAUGAAGGCUUUGGUUGCUGAAAGAAGUCGAGAAGUUAAAAGUCUGAAUGAAACAGUUAAUCAGUUGACAAGGGAGAAAGAGCAUAUUGGUUCUUUACUGAGGAGUGCUUUGUCAAGAAGAAUGUCCGCUGACCCGUCUUUAAAAACCAACGAGUUGUUUAAAGUAGCGGAAAAGGGAUUAAGGGAAUCUGGGGUUAAUUAUAGGUUUAAUAAUCAUACUGGGCAUGAAAAGACAGUUUCAAGUAAUAAGGAUGGUAAUGUGAAGUUAGAUGAUGACGAUGAUGAUGAAAUAUCUACUUUGGCUGGUGCUCUUGAGAAGAUUAUAAAACAGUCUCAGAUCGAGAUAAUUGAACUGCAACAUAGUGUUGAUGAAUUAAGGGCAGAGUCAAGUUUACUGAAGGAACGCGUUGAAGCUCAAGCUAAGGAGCUUCUGCAAAGUAAACAAAAGCUAGAGGAACUUGAAGAAAAAGAGAGAGUGGCAAAUGAAAAUGUUGAAGGGCUUAUGAUGGAUAUUGCUGCAGCCGAAGAGGAGAUCACUAGAUGGAAAGUAGCAGCUCAGCAAGAAGCUGCAGCAGGUAAAGCAGUGGAACAAGAUUAUGUAGCGCAGUUACAUACAAUACGCCAAGAACUGGAAGAAGCAAAACAAUCUGUAAUAGAAUCCGAAAAAAAGCUCAAAUUCAAAGAAGAAACAGCAGCUGCUGCCAUGUCAGCAAGAGACGCAGCUGAAUCUUCGUUAAAAUUGGCAGACACAAGGGCUGCUCGUUUGAGGGAAAGAGUAGAAGAGUUGACUAGUCAACUUGAAGAACUGGAUACACGAAGUAGCUUAAUUAACGGGAAAAGGCCUAGAUACAUAUGCUGGCCUUGGCAAUGGCUCGGUUUGGACCCAAUAGGACCCCGCCAGCUGGACACACACGAACAUACUUCAAAUGAAAUGGAACUUUCAGAGCCUCUUCUCUGAUAAGUGAUAACCUUCAUGUUUCUGGUCAGUUUUUUUUUUAAUCUAUACACUAAAAGUUAUAGUUUUGUUGUCAAUUUAUCGUGCAGCAGAUGCGAAAUCCCUGACUUUAGACAGUUUAUGUGAUCAACCGGUUGAGUUUGAAAAUUAAAAGGUGUAGAUUUUUAUCGAAGUGUGUAAUUAUUUGUUUUUUGAUUUUUACUUAUACCAAAGGGAUUGACAUACAGUGAGUUACACUUCCAUUGUAAAUGACCUGCAAUUAAAUUUGCUAAAGAUUUAUCGUGUUUUACUUA